CUAAUUUUGCAUUAAGAGUUUUCACUUGCUGUUCCAGCUGGCUUCACUGGUAUAAAAAUCAGAACAAAACCAUUCUGGAAAAAACACAGUGAGCAGUCAACAUCUGCGAGAAUUUUGCUUAACAUCUCCAUGGCUUCCACGCGUAUCAGCAUCUGGUGGCUGCUGGCCCUUAUUAUUCUCCAAUUUUGCCUUUGUCAAGAUGAGCACACGGAGGUGAGGAGAAGAUUUAAUAAACCGGUGGCCAGAGUAGUUGAAAGUCGUCAUCAACAGAAGAGCAAUAAUGCUCCCAGCAGGGAAGUGGUAGGACAACUGGACCAACUUGUUGAGGCUUUUGCCAAUAAUUCUUCAGCAGACACAGUGUUGAUGAGACAAGAGGUAGAUGAUCUAGAGCAGCCUUCACACAGAGUCCAGACACCACAACAGACUGAAUGUAGCUGCUGCAGAGGUGAAUUUGGACAUCGAUAUCAACAACCAGUUCCUGGACCUCCUGGAUUAACUGGACCUCCUGGUAUACCAGGAAAUCAUGGGAACAAUGGAAACAAUGGAGCUACAGGACAGGAAGGGGCAAAGGGAGAAAAGGGGGACAAAGGAGAUAUGGGACCAAGGGGUGAACGUGGCCAUAUUGGUGGAAAAGGAGAAAAAGGUUAUCCUGGAGUCCCACCAGAGCUUCAGGUAGCGUUUAUGGCCUCCAUGGCGACCCACUUCAGCAACAUAAAUAGUGGAAUCAUUUUCAGCAGUGUCGAAACCAAUAUUGGAAACUUUUUUGAUGUGAUGACUGGCAGAUUCUCAGCCCCAGUCACAGGUAUAUAUUUCUUCACGUUUAGUAUACUGAAGCAUGAAGAGGUUGAAGAUGUAUAUGUGUAUCUCAUGCAUAAUGGGAACACCAUCGUGAGCAUGUACAGCUAUGAGACCAAAGGGAAGCAGGACACCUCCGGAAACAGUGCCGUGUUAAAACUGGCAAAAGAAGAUGAGGUUUGGCUCCGUAUGGGGACGGGUGCCUUACAUGGGGAUCAUCAACGCUACUGCACAUUUUGUGGAUUUCUGCUCUUUGAGACUAAAUAAGAAAAUCUGGGGAUAAUGACAUUCGCCAUAUUACUGCUUUGUGGUCUUUCUGUAUUUACACAAAGUCAAUUGAAUAAUGCUGAGCAUGAUAAGUAUAUAUGGAAAUGAUGUCUUGAACAAUAAAAAUGUACAUUUUUUCAUA